CUAUCUCAGGGCCAGUUGCAGCUGUUCUCUCUUGCGCGGGCCCUUCUGCUUCGCCGGUCGCGGGGCAAAGUGGUGCUGCUGGAUGAGGCUGCUAGUAGCAUCGACCUUGAGACCGACGCACUGAUACGAAAGGUGCUAUGUGAGGAGCUCAGAGGAUAUACCGUUCUCGUGGUGGCUCACCGGUUGGAACCGAUCGUUAGUGCAGACUCCGUUGUUGUCCUGGAUUAG